AUGUUGGAUUCGAGCUGUGAGAUGAUUAGUACUGCAAAAGCACUAGCGUCAGCACCAAUGGAUGCGCCAACAUGGCAACGCCUUGCCGAUAACAGCAAGGAGGUCAGCGAAUCCAUCAAACGAUUGGUGAGCUCGAUUCAUGCGGCCGCCCCAGGACAAGCCGAAAUGGAUAAAUGCAUUCGUCAACUGGAACAGCUAAUUGUGGAUGUGGAGCGAAGCUCUCUGGAUAUGAGCGGAGCUCAAAGCCAACCCUCAUCGUCAGCCACUGAGAAACGAAUCCACCAGUCGAUCCUGUGCUCUACUCAAAGUCUAGCUGAGAAGGUUGACGAACUGCGAUCGGCAGCAGUCUCCAGGGGCGAAGCUCUUCCGCACUGUGUCGAAGCUCACUGGGAAACCGUACAGCCACUUGCGUCAUCCG